AACCUACCAAUACGGUAAGACCGCGCUCCAGAAUUUUCAGCUUUGGAAGCUCCGAAUCUCAAAACUUUGCAACUUGGAUUGUGGCACAGCAACCAAAGCCAAGCCAGGCGCUGUCCCUAACAACCAAAGCGCCAUUAACCACCAUAUCAACGGCAACAACAAGAAGAAAAAGAAGCGGUUUUUUUGUUGCAGUGGAGAGAGAGAGAGAGAGAGAGAAAUGGGGAGCAGUAGUGCAGCACCGAACUUGGAAGAUGUUCCCUCCAUGGAUCUCAUGACGGAGCUCCUCCGUCGUUUCAAGUGUUCCGCUAAGCCUGAUAAGCGUCUCAUUCUAAUUGGCCCACCUGGUUCUGGGAAAGGAACGCAGUCACCAAUUAUAAAGGAUGAGUACUGCUUAUGCCACUUAGCCACGGGUGACAUGUUAAGAGCUGCUGUUGCGGCUAAAACUCCUCUUGGUAUCAAAGCUAAAGAAGCAAUGGAAAAGGGAGAGUUGGUUUCAGAUGACUUAGUUGUUGGCAUUAUAGAUGAGGCUAUGAAAAAACCAUCAUGUCAAAAAGGUUUUAUUCUUGAUGGUUUUCCAAGAACAGUUGUCCAAGCACAAAAGCUUGAUCAAAUGCUGGAAAAACAAGGACUAAAAGUUGACAAGGUGCUCAAUUUUGCCAUUGAUGAUUCUAUCCUUGAGGAGAGGAUAACUGGCCGCUGGAUACACCCAUCUAGUGGCAGAAGCUACCAUACAAAAUUUGCUCCUCCUAAAGUUUCGGGGGUUGAUGAUGUGACUGGCGAACCUCUUAUCCAGCGUAAGGAUGACACUGCAGCAGUCCUUAAGUCAAGGCUGGAUGCAUUUCAUAAGCAAACUGAACCAGUGAUUGAUUAUUAUACAAAGAAAGGGAUCGUCGCCAAUCUUCAUGCUGAGAAACCUCCCAAAGAAGUUACAGUUGAAGUCGAGAAGGUGUUAUCUUCAUAGAAUUAUCGAACUUUUUUUUUUCAAUAUAGACAUUGAAAACUCCAUUUGCCAAUUUGUAUUUUAGUAUGUUCUAAAUCAGACCGUUCAGCUUUGCUGCAAAUGCCGGCUUUUUCUCAAACUCAAAUUUGAUGAGUAACUUUGGUGAAAUAAGAGUUGAGUUUGAAAUUUUACUAUUUGUUUGUGCGUUAA